AUGUCGUCCAGCGAACUUUCAGACGCGCUCAACCCCCUCGCGGUCCAGAGAACUUCCCCGACCGUUGUUGCAGAAUAUUCUGCCACAGUCACCUCUACGACGAGUACAACGACAACUUCAACUCACCAGCUAGUGUACUCCUCCUCUGCAGGGUAUGUUCCUCACCGUAGUGAGCUCGAGCUGGCAAUGGUCGAACCUCAGUCAAGCACCGGGAGAUCUGAUGCAACGCAGAGAAAUUCGCCACAAGCUAACGGAACGCGUCUUCUCCAAGAGUUACUCCGUGUGGCGACGGCGACGAAAGAAACUCAAGAAGCCGAGUUCAGACGAAGGCGCGCAUGGGAACAGGAACAGGAGGACAAGAUUAACUACCUGCUUUCCCGUGAACACGACCGUGACACCAGGGUUGCAGAGAUCACUGAACUUCGCAAUGAACUUGCGCUUCUCCGAGCCCACGUUUCCGCCAGUGCGCAUACUUGUCCGCCGGCCCUUCCGCCCGACACUCCUUCCUCUUCUGCUUCUGGGACCGAACUGGCGAUCAACAGCCCUCCCCAACUGAUGUCCCCCAUUUCACCGUCGUCACAAGCGGGGCCCCUUACGCAGCAUCUGAUGCGUCUUCCUGAUCUCGCGUACAAUGCUCAUCACCAUCGUGGAGAACCUUGUUCGGCUGGUUCGAGAGGGGCUCAUCUCCACAAUUACACGGAAAAACAAUUACAUUGUAACGAUCUCGCCUCUCCUCUCUCCCCAACCGCCAGCCAGUCUCCAUUGCUCCCUCUCAAGGGCUCAUCACAUUCUGCACCUGCCUCUCUACCUUCGCCUAUCGCUAGUCCUCACCGGUCCAAGAAGAAGCGCCGCAGCGUCACUCCUUCUAGCGAGAACGACAAUGACAGUGAUAGUAGUUUUGCCUCAUUCUUUAGCUCAGGACGUCCUCGCAAAAGGCUCAAUCAUCACGACAAACGAUGUUUGACUAUUCAGCACGCGAUGCGGGCACAUUUCUGGCGCGUGCUGGGGAUUUCGAACGAUGGGAAACUCCCUGCCAGUCAUGCCGAGGGCACCCCAUUGGGCCCUUCCGACCCGGUCCGCUUCGUUUGGGAAAAGACUACGAAGCAAUCGGUUCACAACUCUCGGAUGAAAGCCCGGGUUAUCGCCGACCUCAAGCAAAACCGCCAACAGUACAAACACGUUCCCAGCAAGGACUUUGGAAAGAAAAUCUUGGACGCGGCCUUCGAACAAUGUUUUACGACCUUCAGGCAGAAAUAUCGCGUCCAGACGGAUGAAACGGUCGCUGCUCAGAGCAAGAGGAGGGAAGAAGCCAAAGCGCGUAAGGCACGCCAUGCCUCUCGUCGAAAGAUCAAACUGGCUAAUCGUGCAGAAGCUCGCUUGAAAAUUCCUGCUCUCCAACACGUUGCGUUCGAUUGCGCCUUGCGAAUCGAAUGCAUGUCCUCCGAAGAAUCCGAUGCAGAUGGAGAGUCAGAUGUGCUGGUCACUCGCGGGUAUUCUUGGCGUAGCUCGCGGCUUUUGCGCUUUUAUCAUGCCCUGGAUCAGGAGGAAAUCUCUGACAGGUCCAAUAAACCUCGACGGGGUGCUGGGAAAAGAGACCGACUGGUCGGGCCUUCCAAGGAAGAUUCUUUGCUACCCCCAAAGGGCGUGGCCUAUUGGAUGAUCAGCAAGCGGUGGCUCAGGUCCAGUCGUCGAAAUUAUCCGGACUUGCCAGGUGUCCUCGACGAUUUGGUUACCGACGAAGUGGCCGACUUUAACUGGAACGAAUUUCAUUUGUUGGGCGAGGAAACCGAUCUUUCUGACAAUGAUUGCGGGGAUCACAAGUCGGGACUGGUCGGGGAUUAUUCCUCUACCCAUACUACUUCUUCCCUACAGUACGCCUUGGGUCGCCCUGUGCUGUAA